AUGGCCGUGACGUGGAACGAUGGGGCGGCGUUAACCAAGUGGCUGAAGCACUACUCUUCGGCGCAGGACAUCCUGAUCGUCGGCGACGGGGACUUCUCCUUCUCGCUGGCUCUCGCCACCGCCUUCGGCUCCGGCGCGAACCUCGUCGCCACGUCCCUCGACUCCUACGCGGACCUGAACAUCAAGUACAGCGACGCGACAUCCAAUGUGACGAAGCUUGAGGCGAUGGGCGCCACGGUGCUGCACGGCGUCGACGUGAAAGAUAUGAAUCUCCACGCCAAUCUGCAGCUGAGAUGGUUCGACCGGAUCGUCUUCAACUUCCCUCACGCCGGGUUCAAUGGACGCGAGGACAAAGUGGAUGUGAUCCAGUCGCACAAGGAGCUGGUGAGGAGCAUCUUCGCCACCGCACGGCACAUGCUCCGGCGUCACGGCGAGAUCCACGUCACCCACAAGACCAAGCACCCCUACUCGAUGUGGGGUAUCGAGCAGCUGGCCUCCCAGUCCUCGCUCGCCAUGGUCGAGCAAGCUGCCUUUCAGAUACAAGACUACCCAGGUUAUAACCAGAAGAGAGGGUCGAGCUGGAGGUGCGACCAAGACUUCGCUAUAGGUGAUUGCUGCACCUUCAAGUUCUGCCUCGAAUGGUGGGCGUCGGAUGAUGAUCGCUUUUUUUAG